GGAGCCGCUUUCACUCACUCACUCUGAAGUAUCUGCUGAGGAGGGGAAAGUUCGUGAAGAUGCGUAGAAGCUGAGAGCCUGCGAGAAGCCGGACUUCGGUCGUGUCCAGCGGUGUGCAGCUGUUCGGUCCAGCUGGAUGGCAGACAUGAGGAGCAGCGGUCAAAACAGCACUUCAGAAAUGAUUAACCUGGAAGCAAAGGAGGAUUUUCACCCUUCACUGUGAAGCCAAAUACACUAGGCUGCAUUUCUUCUUUUCUGUUUUCAUUCAUUGGAGUUUAUCCCACCAUGAGCACACUCCAGCAGCUGGGGACCAUGUCUUUUUUAACGAAAAAGAAGAAGUUCAAGUUUCAAGUGCAUUUUACAUUGGAGGAGCUGACAGCAGUGCCUUUUGUCAACGGAGUGCUUUUCUGCAAGAUCCGGCUCAUUGAUGGUGGGGACUUUGCCAUCUUAUCAUCCAGGGAGGAGGUGCAGCAGAACUGUGUUCGGUGGAGGAAGAAGUUCUCAUUUGUGUGUAAAAUGAGUGCUAAUCCGAUAACUGGAGUGUUGGACCCCUGCAUCUGCAGAGUAUCUGUACGCAAGGAGCUCAAAGGAGGAAAGGCGUUCUCAAAGCUAGGAUUUGCUGAUCUCAACAUUUCUGAGUUCGCUGGUUCAGGCUCCACAGUCCGCUGUUGCAUCCUGGAGGGUUAUGACACUAAAAACACUCGGCAGGACAACUCCAUCCUCAAGGUGACAAUUGGGAUGACUCUUCUGUCUGGGGAUCCCUGCUUUAAAACGCCUCUCAGUACAGCCAAAUCUGUCUCCAUCCGUGACGAGGACCCCACCUUGCAGCUGGACUGUAAGGGGGAGAGUACUGAUGCCACAGUGCAGCCGCUGGGAGGCAUCGUGGAGAGAGCUUGUGCCUUCAAACCCCGACAGUCAUCAGUACGCAGCUCAGGUCUGCCAGAGGAGGUUGAGAGUGUGUCCAGCCCAGAGGAGGUUUUUCACACUGGUCAUUUCCGCAGCUCCAGCUAUGCCAGCCAGCACAGCAAGAUAUCAGGAUACAGUACCAGCCAUUCUCGCUGCUCCAGCCUGACUGACCUCAGUCACCAUAGGAACGCCUCCUCCAGCAGCAGUGCCUCCUGUGGAUUAGCCCACCCUUCCCAGCCACCUCCCUCCACCCCCACUUCACCACAUCUACAAGCAACUCCCACCAAACCAGAGAGACCACCUCCACCCUCUGCAGCAGCCCUCAAGUCCAACAGGUCCUCCAGGAGGAAGAAGGACACUGUGGAGAGGCAGCCCAGCUGUGUGGAUGACACCCGUAUGGAUGCAGAUGACAUUGUGGAGAAGAUUGUGCAGAGUCAGAACUUUUCUGACAGCAGCAACAAUGAAGAUAGCAAUUUGAGACUGUUUGUCAGCAAAGAUGGGACCACGGCCCUCAGUGGGACGCAGCUCGCCAACAGAGGAUCACCUGGUAUUUUUGAGCCGGUGGUCAUUGAGACUCAUUGAGGAUUUGUCAGCACACCCUCAGCCUCAUCCAUUGCUCCAUGUUUCUGUGACAGCUGAUUGUAGGAGAUACGACUACUGUCAUAUAGAUAUUGAGCCUUUCUGCUAUAUUUAAUCAGGUGGUGGGAAAUGUUUAAAACAGGAUUACAUUAUUUUCUCAUAUAGCAGGCAGGGUUCUUUUUAACCUCCAAUAAGAAGAUAGCCAGGCCUUUAUUUCUUAUUUUACUGGUGUUGCAUUCACAUUUGAAAAUAAUCCAAUCUGUUUCUGUUCGUCCUAUUAAUUUAGAGUUUCUAUUAUUUACUGGUUAGGUUGCACAUGACCUCUCUCUCUUUUGAACUGAAACACUUGCAGCAGUCCAGAUAAAAUAGUUCUUUCUCGGGAAGCUUUUAUUGUCUGCAGCAAAGAAGAAUCAGUCAGAAUGAAUUACACUGCAUAACAACUACAGAGCCUGGCAGGCACCAGGAGGAAACAGUUGUUGUCAUGCACAGGAAUUACUAAUUCAUACUUCUAAAUUUUAUGUGCACAAAUUAGCUAUCUUUUUAAGACAAGAUAAGAAAGCUUUAUUGUCCUUAUACACAAUGUAUAAUUAAAUUCUCCAUUUUAAACAUACAAGAUAAAUAUGUUAAAAAAAUAAAAUUUGAAUAAAAAAUAACUAAAUACUGGAAUAAGACAUAAAUAGAAAUCUUUACGAAGAAAUUUACAAAAAAUGUGCAGGAUAUAACAAAAGAACAGAGCACUGCAAAAGUGAUACAGUAGCAGCUAAUGCAAAACUUUAUUAGCGGCCUGAAAUUUCAGAAAAAAAUAAGUUCAGUUUCAUCAAUAUAAUGCAUCAGUUUAUCAUUUCCACAUUACAACUUAUGGAUCACAGAGUGUCUACAAAAGCACAAAACAUAUAGUUACAGGUAUCUGGAACUGAAUGAUAUAGUAUUUUACUUUAUGAUCAAAACAACUUGCCAAGGUCUAGAAAUGUUUUCAAAUUUAGAAUUUGCAAUUAAUGUCUUCUUUGUAACUUUUUACACUUAGCAAAGUCAUCCCAUGGGCCAGAUUGGACCAUCUGGCAGGCUGGUUUUGGCCCAUGGGCCGUAUGUUUGACACCCCUGCUUUAUAGCAACUUCAGUAAGCAAGUCUGAUAAACCUGUUGCAGGGUUUUUGUUUAUUUUUUCAGUCUAUUCUAUUUGUUGCAGCUGCACUUUGUAGGAGACCACAAACAUGAAAAUGAAACUCCAGGCGUUCGCGCUGCUGAUGCAACUCAUUCAGUAAACCUAUUCAUAGUACAAGCAUUUACUGCAUUCAUCACUGAACUAACAAUCAGUCUAAAGCAGUGAAACUUUGACCAGUGCUCGGUGCACAGUUUACUUGAACAACACUUUUAAAACCACUGCAUUGUGGGAAUUGUAGUGCAACACUGAACUAACAGUGCAUUCAGAAGAAAGUGUCAUCAAAGUCUCCAACAGACACUCGAGACAGAUAUGUCCAAAUCAGCCUGGAACUGAAGCAGAAGCUUGUAUCCUUGUACUUUAUUUUAAAUCUGUUUGAUCACUGUAUGUGUACUUCUUAUACUAUUUUGCACAUGUGAACUCUCUGAGGAGGAUUGUUAGAAACCACUAAAAGAAAAUGGAGGUAGCAUGGUUGUGAAAAGCAACAUGACAUCUUCUGUUUGUUUGUUUUUUUUUAAAUUGCCUUAUUCUUUUCUUCAAUUCAUUUCAGUGUCUGAGCACUUGAUGUAGGACAAAAUGUAAUGUCAUAAGAGACAAAGCUUGCGUGCAUAUGGCUGGCCAUAUGUAACCAUUUAUCCUCUGCACUUAAUACGGAAUUACUUUUUUUACUCUUGAGUUUUGAAUGCUCUUGUAAUUCCAUCAAAUAUCUGGGGUUUUGUGGUGGUGCUUUCUCAAGUAUAUUUUUUUUCUUUAAACUUUUCUCCCAUUCUGACUACAUAGAGAGAAGCUGAACUGAGAAUGCAGGUAUUUCAUAGGCAGUAGAUCAUAAAAACAUGCAUGCUUAAAACGGUAUGUUUCUGACCUCCUAAUGAACAGGAGCCCAAUACUGGUAUUUUUUAACCUCAAGUGUUUGCCAUCUCCUGAGAAAAAUAUCGGGCUUGUAGCUGCUUCAUCCUAAACACACGGCUAGUUGCUAACUUUCCUUUGCUAUUUGGUGCAGCUCAGUUAAUGUACUUUGGGAUUAUUGUAGCUUUUUAGCUGAGAGCUGUUUGCCACCUCUGGAAAUUUAGUUAAUGCCAGCAUGGUCUUUGAACUAGAAAACCAAAAGAAUGAGCUAAAAGAGGGUAAAAAGCUCCAGAGCCAUUGAUAAUUCACAGUGGGUUUGUCACCAAAGGUAACAUUACAUGCCAUCAUUGAUCCAUCGUUAGAGUGCAGCAUUAAGGUGCAAUAUUUAAGGAUUCAAUUUAUUGUUGGAACAUUGGAACCACCCUAAGUGCCUUUCUGGAUCGCUAGAUGGAUCACUGAUUGAUGAUUAGUUAACUGCUGCAGGACCAAAUAGUUUCAAGACUUUUAUUUAAGCUUGUACUGGCCUAUUUGCUGCUACUUUGCCUCCAUUCUGGCUUCAUAGUGACUGCACAUGUUUAUCAGAAAGACUAACUUCAAUCAGAACUCUUGCACUUUGUAGCUUUAGGCAGUUUUUGUUUUGUGCAUGUGCUGCAAUAGGGAGCUUAAAUCCCCAUUUUUUAAAUAUAUUGUUGAAUAGUACAAACCCUGCCGCUCAGCAUUGAGCUAGCAGUGACACUGUGGGCCUGUUGGCUGUAGUGAGGUCAGUGCCACAGCUUCUGCAGCAGCACAAAGACCUUGUUGUGCCACGACUGACAGUGUACAAUAGAUCCUUGCCCCACGGGAUUCAUUUGUCAUUUGUGUAUGUUAAUGUUAAUGCUAAUACUGUACGUAUGAAUGUGCCACUUUAUGCAUGCAGGUCAUGCGUUUCUGACUGAUGUGAAAGAACAUACCGUAGCCUAUAUUAGAUGGAUUUUAGCUUCUUAUCUUAGCUCUGCUCCACCAAGCCCUGGUUAAUAGUGAGUAAAUAGUGCAUAAGUGCUGCAUUAAUGCAACGAUUAGUUGUAGGUAAAUACUGGAUACUAGGAAGUUUUCAGUUGCCGUCCACACUACAAUUUAAAAACUGGUGAUUCUAUGUAUGACGCAUUGCAGAUAAUAAGUUUUCAUCCCAGCACUGCCAUUCUAUAUCUUUAAACAAAUGAGCUGCCUCUUCCAAUAGCAGUUCAUAUUUAUUGCUUCAUGUCAUUAAUGUAAUUCUCUGCAGUAUCUGUAAGAGCGGGGGUCAGUCUCCUGUAUGUAAUGUCUGGGAUGGAAAUACAAUAUACACACCCAGAGAAUGUUGCUUGUACAGUACAUGUAACUUGACAAUCUAUUUUCCUUUUAUUUUUAGACCAGCAGGCUGGUCUUCAGUUUGAUACAGAACUGUAUGUAAAAAGCUAAUAUUGUAUGGUGAAAUGUGACAAAACAGUGAUUAUUGGUAGUGAAGGGUGUGGGUAUUUGGGAAUACAUACCGUAAAAGGAACUGUCUACUACUGUGAUUUGUUCUAGAAAUACUUAUUCUUUCCUUUGUACUUGACCGUGUGUAACCUGUGACAUUAUUAACUUCAUUUAUACAACCAAAUGCUUUUGUUGUAUGUGGUGAUAGGUUUAUUACAUUUCCUGAUGAUUUAAAAUUAAAUGGAAUUGUUGGGAGUGGGAUUGUACUACAUUUUGUUGUUGUGGUACGUUUUUAAUUUGCAUAAAAAAGGAUGGAUUUGGUAAAGGGAAUUAACUGCAGAAACUAUUUUUACUAUAUUUGAUAACUUAUUUAAUUCAAAUUAUGUUUAGCAAAAUGGACCAAUAAUUGUCAGCUUUGUAUAAUAAUCUAAUAUAAACUAUUAAUAUGAGCAUUAUUAUGUUAGGUUAAUAUAAUUUUAUCUGCCUUUUUUGGUACUCUUUUGGUUCCUUCUAGUUAACUUGCAAAUGGAAUGUUCUUGUUUUUAUCAAGUGACUUUUAACUAUUUUCACUCCAUGUGUUUAAAUGUCAGGAAAUAAAUGUACAAGUUAAGAGUUUAGAUUAUUUGUCCUGUUAAUAACUACAUUACCAUUAAAAAGUUUGGGGUCACAUAGAAAUGUCCUUAUUUUUAAAAGAAAAGCUUUUUUUUUCAAUGAAGAUAACAUUAAAUGAAUCAGAAAUACAUUCUAGACAUUGUUAAUGUUGUAAAUGACUAUUCUAGCUGGAAACAACUGAUUUUUAAUGGAAUAUCUCCAUAGGGAUACAGAGGAACAUUUUCAGCAACCAUCACUCCUGUGUUCUAAUGCUACAUUGUGUUAGCUAAUGGUGUUGAAAGGCUCAUUGAUGAUUAGAAAACCCUUGUGCAGUUAUGUUAGCACAUGAAUAAAAGUGUGAGUUUUCAUGGAUGACCCCAAAUCUUUUGAUCGGUAGUGUGAAUGUAAUCAAAGUCAACAAACGACUUAUAAUGUGCAUAAACAUGCAUAUCAAAUAAAGUGGCAAAGUCUGGAACCAUCCCCA